AUGCCCGAAAUUUUUCCAGGCAGGCCGAAAGCUACAUUUGACGUCUGCCUGUCCAAAGCCAAAUUCAAAGAGCACGACAUCCUGAAUCCUUUCCCCGAUCAAGAUCUGGAGUCUUUUGAUUCGGUCCACGCCAAUUUCUUGGGUCCAGUUCUGGUCUCUGGUCAAUGGGACGUUGCUUUCGACAACAUGGUGAAGCUUGCAAAACCAGGAGGAUGGAUACAGUGGAUCGAUGUGAACUUGUCCAGUCGAGAGAAUAGGGGCCGGAUUUAUGUUUCAAAGCCAGGAUCCAGCAAAGCAUCCUACUUGGAGAUGAUGGAAGGCAUCGCAGAACUUGAUAAAUACUACGAAGACGAAACCAGUGGUGGAAAAGGAUUGAAUGAAAUCGCACUCGCACAUCCUGAGGUGAAAUACGUUCAUGAGGAUGUUUUCAAUACUGCCCAGUUGAAUGACGUGAGAGUCAAAAUUGACGAACUCUCUGUCCUUGCAUGGAAACGGUUAUUGGAGCACUUGACGAUUCUUCCCAUUCCUGGUAAUCGAUGGACUCCAGCGAGAGUCGAACGCAUCGUGGAAGAGAUGGCAAAAGAGGUUGAAGAUGGAGUUUAUAUACCUCUGGAAGUCUAUGUUGUGGUUGCGCAGAAGCAUGAUCGUCGCAGGUUGCGGAGCCUCAGGAGCGAGCGGCGGUUGCUCGACGCUGAGCAAGGUUAUCGUCUUGCGGAAAGACAGUUUAUCGCAGCCCAGGUAGAUUUGGCGGAGGCGCAAAGAGCCGUAGAAUCAUCGGCAGCGGAGCUCCCUACUCGGACAAACGCCCAUGUGAGAAGAUAA